CAGAAACUGCUCUCCCUGUGGGACUCUGGUGGAAAAUAGGGCUGUGUGAGUUUGUCUCUGCGGGCAAAUGUGGAAAGAAAAAGAGACGGAAGACAAAAAACAUAGACUGGACCAAAAAGACAUGAAAAGGAUUAACAGAUGAGGAAGAUCGACAAAACAACACUUUCAACGAAGCUGAACUGAACCCCAGGAGGAGAGAAAGGAAAAGAAGAGCUACAGAGACUUGUCUGUACAAGAGGAAGGGGGGUGGCAUGACUGAGCAGGCUUUGACUUGCACCUUCAACAGUUGAGAGGAAACACUUAGUGACGCCUCGCAGACAGGAAAAUGAAGUGAUUUGAAGAAUAGUGUUAGAAAACAGCUGGAGGCUGCUGGGAAAGAUUACUUAUGAGGCAGCAAACAUAGGAAGGACGAAGAAAACUGGAAUCAUAGCGGCCGUGGCGGAGAGCAGACAGAGUGAAUGAGAGGAGAAACAGAAGCAGAGAGGGGCUAACGGGUAAGAAAGGUAUGAGGGGACAGAUCUUCAAGCCCCUCCUCUCUUUGAUGAUCACUGUCCUCCUGCUGGCGAGUCUGCUGACCACUUUCAUCUGGUACACGCUAGAAAACAACAGUGUGCAACCGAAACGAUUACUCUCUCAAAAGAAAACUGGUCCUCCAACAUCUGCUUCAUGCAAAGACUGCAGAGAAAAAAUAAACAAAGUGUUGGAACAGUACUCUGAAGCCUGGAAGAAACAAGAAGAGCGUUACCAAAAGUUCAGGUUGCAGCUGAACACAAAGUGCCAUGGUUUAGAGAAGGCUAUAAUUACCCAGGCAAACACUCCAGUGGGAACAAAACUUGUUUAUGAUGGAGAGAAGAAGAGAACUCUUCAAGUGAACCCAGAGAUUUUCAGCACCUUUUUUAAAGGGCAUCCCUUCCCAAAUAAAACAUGGCAUACAUGUGCUGUUGUUGGGAAUGGUGGGAUCCUGGCAAACAGUAGCUGUGGCAAAACGAUUGAUUCAGCCGAGUUUGUUAUCAGGUGCAAUCUACCUCCUUUGUCAAAUGGGUACGAGAAACAUGUUGGCAUCAAGACGGACCUUGUGACAGCAAAUCCAAGCAUCCUUGUGGAAAACAAGAAACAGUCUUUUACCUCUUGUCAAGAUGACAGGGAUGAAAUGCUUGAGAAGUUCUCACAAACCUUGGUUAUAAUCGAAGAAGAGGACAAAGAAAUCAAUCGUGUACAAGCUAAGAAAUUACUUUCUGAAAAAAAAACUGGUCCUCCAAGAUCUGCUUCAUGCAAAGACUGCAGAGAAAAAAUAAACAAAGUGUUGGAACAGUACUCUGAAGCCUGGAAGAAACAAGAAGAGCGUUACCAAAAGUUCAGGUUGCAGCUGAACACAAAGUGCCAUGGUUUAGAGAAGGCUAUAAUUACCCAGGCAAACACUCCAGUGGGAACAAAACUUGUUUGUGAUGGAGAAAACAAAACUCUUCAAGUGAACCCAGAGAUUUUCAGCACCUUUUUUAAAGGGCAUCCCUUCCCAAAUAAAACAUGGCAUACAUGUGCUGUUGUUGGGAAUGGUGGGAUCCUGGCAAACAGUAGCUGUGGCAAAACGAUUGAUUCAGCCGAGUUUGUUAUCAGGUGCAAUCUACCUCCUUUGUCAAAUGGGUACGAGAAACAUGUUGGCAUCAAGACGGACCUUGUGACAGCAAAUCCAAGCAUCCUUAUGGAAAAGUUUGGGGCACUAAUGGGGCGUCGACGUAAGUUUGUGGAAAGUUUGCACAGCUAUGGCGACUCCUUGCUGCUGCUUCCCGCCUUCUCCUAUCUCCACAACAUUGCUGUGUCUCUCAGAGCUUUUUAUACACUUGAGGACUUUGAAAGUCCCAUUCAACCUAUCUUCUUCAACCCGGGGUACCUCCAUAACCUGGCCCUCUUCUGGCGCUCUCAAGGCCUGAGAGCGAUGCGGCUCAGCACCGGUUUCAUGAUGGCAAGCUUGGCUCUGGAACUCUGUGACAACGUACAGCUGUAUGGAUUCUGGCCCUUUGAUUUUCACCCAUACAGCUUUCAAACUCUGACUAACCACUAUUAUGAUGACAAAAAAUUCAUGAUGAAUGUCCACGCCAUGUCAGAUGAGUUUAACCACUUGUUGCGUUUCCACAAUCAGGGUGUUCUCAAAUUGCACCUUGGAGACUGCAAAGCAGAGCCAAACUAGACUUCUCAGGCAAAGAGCCACGUGAAUUCCUAGUUGCCUCAGGUGAACCCAACCAUCAAGACUUUCUUUUAAUUACACGACUGUAUGGAAUAGACUGACUAACUCCACAGACCAGAACCUAUCUGCAACCACAAAACUUGUACUGAGAUCAAAAUGCAACAAAAAGAAGACAGUAACUAGUAUAGAUUUCAUCUUCUUUCACAACUUUAUUUAUGUUUUGUUCAGGUUGAUGUCUGGAAGAGACAAAGUAACGUGCCUUUGUGAGGCUAUCAUUGUUUAGUGCCUUAUGUUACAUUGUUAGUGAUGCAUUUUGAGUCAGGGUUACUGUUUUUUAAUGGAAACCAAAUACCUCCUUUAGAAUAAUAUUGUGACUAAAUAAAAACACCAGAUACUGAAUGUAAGUUGUUUAAUACAUUUAGCCACUUUGAAAAAAUAAUUUGUUUUAAAUAAACAACAUGAAUGCCUGUCCUGCCUUAAACAUAAUUAUAAUAGAUAAAAAAAAAUAAAAAUACAAAUUGCACAGUUUUUUACAUAAAUUAUAACACACGUUAGGUGCUUUUGGAUACACUUUGAGUGUCUUGUUCAGAGUUACAAGUCCAGAAGAAAUAUUAUACUGCCUUUUUGAGGAAAGUGUUGCUGCAAAGGAUGAGUGAAAGAAGAAUGAGUGGUUUUGAAUUGUUUUUAUCUGUUUGUCGGAGUUAUUUCUCUAUGUUGCAGCUCAACGCAGUUGCUGUAAUUUCUGAUUGUUCAAUAAAAUAAAAAGCUGGA